AGGAUAAGACUAAGAUGGAAAACUCAACUGUGUCAAGAAGGUCAGUUCUAUCUGUUUUCUGGUGUUUAUGUACUCUGCAGAUACAGGAUUGAUAUAGCGACUUCAAUCCCAAGCCUAAAUGCAGAAUCUGAUGGUGCACGGUGAUUUCAUUUAUGUUGCUUUACAUAUCAUACAGUUUAUAUACUUUACAGAUAUCAGGAUAUAUGUGAUGUUUCAGUCCUAUAUUAGGAAACGACUGGCAUAUCAAUCCUAAAUGCUAAUUACCAUCAUUGCUGCACUCCCACAUAUAUUUACAUAGAAAUGUUUGUUUACUUGUGUUCAUGCUAAGAUAGAUUUACAGCAAUAGAACGGAGCAAGUUCUAACAUCUUUUCCUUUUUUCCAUGGCAUAAAUCAGCUACACCAACAUUAGGGUCAACCUCAACUAUCUACCCAAUUCAAAAGUUGGCAAAAACCCAUAUUUUGUAGCUUAAUGUCAUAUCAAACUUGUUCUUUUCUGGUUAGCCUACAUAUCCAUCCUCAAAGAUUGAACACAUGAACAAAAUCAAGAUUGAGUUUACAUAACUGGUGAAAACUGAAAUCUAUUACUCAACUUAAAGCUGCACUCAACAUAAGAACAAAUUAAAUACAUAGUCAUACUCUCAUAAAUAGAAGACAUUAAUCGACUAAGGCUGCUAAUCCUCCUCUUCCUGCCAAAAGAGGAAGAAGAAAAAAACAAUUCUGAUGCCAAAAAGGAAGCAUUACCGCCUAUAACAAAUACUUUCGUUAGACUACUACAUGCAAUUUAUACGUGUCAAUAUUUAAAACUUAGAAGGAAAAAAAAAAUGGAUUCAAAAUUCCAAAUAUUUCUUUGCAUCAUUCAGUGCAUAUAUAUAUAUAGUUAUAUCAAAUGCAUGCUAUCUAAUUCUAUAGUCAUACUGAUAGUAAUAUUAUCAGUAGUUUUCCAUAAGUUCAUGGUAAAACUGCUUCGAGCUUAUGAAGAUGGAUUUCAUGAUGGCUUUGACUUGUUUUGACUUCAUGUAGAUUAAUUUAAGCUUGAUUUCAUAUUGAAGCAAUAUGUUAUAUAUGUUUGAGGCAUUCUGCACUAGUGCAAUGUUGAUGUAUCAAAAACAGUGAGCUAUAUAUUUUUGUUUAAGACCUUAUUGAUAAAAAUAGAGCUUUUAUUAUGUCAGGUUCUACCCAUUCAAGAUGACAAUAAUCUCUUAAUUACAAUCCCUCACUUUAAGGGAAAAACCCUUUGAUUCCAAAUACAAAGUCAACAUAUGGAGAUGUGUGUGUUUGUGAAAAAUUGCGGUUGCACCUGGGUUGUUUUACAGGUUGCCUACAUACCCCGGGAGGGAUCAAGCCACAUAUGUUGCGCAGAAUUCUUCCAACGGGCCCAAAUUUUGAAAUGGGCUUCUUUUGUAUCCUCGCGAAUCAUAUUUCUCGAUUCAUGAAGCUUUCUUGGCCCCAAAUUUAAUAUUGAGGCCCUCAAUGCACCGAGUGAACUCUGAGUCACGAUUUAGAAUCCAGAGAUAUGCAUAAACUUUUAUUUUGGGCAUCAGGACAGACACCCCUCAAAGACUUCUCAGCGGCCCAGCCUUCUUGGAGGCCCAAAUCUGAUAAGGACACCCAGCUGCAAUUUUUUUUUCAUAUUUUUUCAAUUCUCCUAGUGCUUCGUCAGUUCGUCUUAUCCCCAAACCUUGGGUUUGUACCAUUACUAGGUCGAAUUAGAGAUGGACUCGAAGUCCGAAAUCAAUUCGGAGAGGGAAAUACAUGCAUGGGUCUUCAACGGAAAGUCUCUCAAUACUCGAAGCUUGAAACUUGGCGAGUUGCUUUUCUCUGUGAAGAAUCAGCAAUUUUGGAAAGAGUGGAGCUCUGUGCAUCGGGGAGCCAUCCAAUUCGAAGAUCGACACAUUGUACAAAUCAAGUACAGGAGCUGUGGUGUCACAAAUUCCGGAGUUCCAGAAUUUUGAUUCAAAGGUAUAAGGCAAGGACAGCAGCUGCAGUCAAGAUUCCAGAGUUUCAACCAUCGGAGACGCUGCCCGGCAUGAGUCAUCGCGACUCUUCCCGGCAUGAGUCAUUGGGAUGCUGCCCGACAUGGUUCUUCAGAACGCUGCCCGGCAUGUUCAUCGGAGACGCUGCUCCGGCAUGUUUUCCUUUUACAUGGCAUCGUUGAAAAACCUGUGAACACAAAGAAAGUGAAGAUCAUGGAAGAGAGGGAGUCUCAACCUUUGUGAUGAACGCAUGCUGUUGAAUUCUUCUUGCUUGCAGCAGGGCCUCAACUAUCUUUUCCUCCUUUUCUGUGUGUCCUCCACGUUAAUAUUGCUAGGUUUAUAUAGUGGACUGAUGAAGAGAUUAACGUGAAUGUUGUUGACUCCCACAUGAAAUGAAAUAGCUAGAGUCUCAUUUCUCAAGAGGUUACAAUAAAUUUGUGAAAUAACACGAUAAUGCUUUCAAUUUGCUUAUUGUAAGCAAAAGACGUCAGGCAUGUGAGAUGAAUCUCAAUGUUCUUAUUAGUCAAUGCAAUUAAAUUUG